CAGAGAAAUAUCAGUGUAUCACUGUUGUUUCCUGUAACCGGAGACGAGGGGGAAAAUGGGGAAUCCUCAGAAAUCGGGCACCGGCGGAGAUCUUCACAACGCGGCUCGGUCCGGUGACCUGAAUGCGGUGCAAUUAAUAUUGAGCACAAACCCUUUGGCAGUCAAUUCCAGGGAUAAGCACUCUAGAACUCCACUGCAUUUAGCUGCAUGGUCUGGCCAAGCAGAGGUGGUGAGUUAUCUCUGCAAGAACAAGGCUGAUGUCGGUGCCGCUGCCAUGGAUGACAUGGGUGCAAUUCACUUUGCUGCCCAAAAGGGUCAUUUAGAAGUCGUACGAACUCUACUUUCGUCAGGUGCCUCUGCUAAAGCUUCUACUCGCAAGGGCCUGACUCCAUUACACUAUGCUGUCCAAGGAUCCCACUCAGAACUUGUCAAGUACUUGGUAAGGAAAGGUGCAAGUCUUAGCAUCAAGACAAAGUCAGGGAAGACUCCCAUUGAUCUUGCUAGCAAUGAAGAAAUUCGCUCCUUUCUGGAGGAGUGCGAAAGGUCGCCCAUGAAAGGAGAUCUGAAUGGUAGAGAGAAGGCUGAAGAAUCUGACCCGAAGCCAUCUGUGCAAGAAAAAGAAGAAAAUCCUGAUGAUGGAGCUCCUUCCGUUGUACACGACGAAAACGAUGAACUGGAUGGUGAAGGGGUGAAGCGGAAGGGUGAUCAAGAUGAUAGAAAUGAAGCCUCAUCAGAACCAAAAAAGGCACGAGUUGCACUCAAUCACCUUUUAAGUGCAGAUGAUGCACAAGAAGAUGAAGAAAACUUGUGAUGCCUUGAUAGAAGUGUGGAAGAGUGACUACUUGCCAUCCUGACUGCUUUGGAGUUGUAUGACUUUUUGUGCUAUACGAUACCAUAAUCGCAUCUUUGUAAGACUUUCUUAACUAGAGUGUUUUUUUUUUUUUU